AUGGCUACCACUCUCGACGUGCCGUUCCUUCUUGGAGGGCGGGAAGUGAUGGUGAAGUCUACGGACGAUUCUCGCCUAUGGCAUCGCAGCGUGGUGGUAUGUCGCUGUCAUCGGGACGUGUAUCAACGAGUGAUGGAGGCGGAUCCCUUCACGGACACCGACGCUUUCUACUGGAUCAUGACGCCAGACUCCGACGUCUACCCAGAGGAGCUGUCGGUGCAUCCCUUGUUGUCGCUCAUGGGGACCACUCCCGACGGCGACCUAGUGCUGGGUUCGGGGAUCGGCCGUACCUCACACUUGAAUCGGGUGUACGCGUUCUCGCCGUUCCCAACGCCCGCCGCCUUCGCCGAGGCGCUGCGCGCGUGCCAGACGGAGGCGGAGCAGGCCAUCCUCGACUUAGUGCAGAGUGUCUCGCUGUCUCUUGGCCAGGGUGCUCUUCCGCCUGCGACCGGAGCCUGGCGGCGCAUCACCACUGUCGGCAUAGCUGGUGUCGCGCUGGUGAGCCGCAGCGGGGAGCUACUGGUGCUGAUGGACUGUGUCGCCACGUCGGGCGCGGCUUCGCCCGAGCUCGACGCCAGGAUCCUGGAGAUCUCCCGCGACAAGCUGGGGAAGCAGCACGAAGACGUCAAGGACGCGAUCGACUGCUGCACGGAGAGUGUCUGGGACAGUUGGCCGCUGACUGGCCCUCGUACGGUGCUGUGGUGCCUGACGUUCAUCGCCCAGACCAACGGGCACCCGAGGGCCAGGCACACUUGGUGGAAGCAUACGUGCCGACUGACGAGCGGGGACCCCGGCGUCUCAGACCACGAGACCGCCAUGAAGGGUCUCGAGUAUCUGCUCACGUAUGACCAGCUGAAUGCGCCCGAGCUGGUCUUUGCUGAGCUCUUCACGCGCAGGGCGCAGCUGGCAGAGUUCAGGCACCGUCAUCUGCUGCUGCGCCCAGAUGAUUUCGGGGACGACUUGGCCAAUGACGAGUUUCUGUACCUCGGACUGGGGGAGACCAGGGGCCAGAUCAUGCUAUGCCCAGCGCUAGACGAGUAUGUCGCCGCCAACCUCCACCGCGAGAGCACUGCGGCCAAGGAGCGCCGCAAGCUCCGCGAGGAGCGGCAGCUGGCUCGCGCUUCUCCCAGCAUGGUGCCCAGUCAGGCCGCCGCCGCAGCGUUGACCAGUGCGGCCGACCCGCUACGCGGCCUGGUGGGCGGGCCUCCUGCUAUCCCGAAGGCCAAGGCGAAGCAGAAGGGGAAGGAGUCGAAGGCUGCGGCGGGGCACGCGCCAGUCGCGAAGGAGCUCCUCCCGACGAUGGCGCCGUUCUGCGAAGCUGCGCAGUUCAAUUCAGAUACGUCUGGCUCUUUGUCUCGUUCUGUGAAGAGGCGGCUGAAGGUGAAGACCCACUGGCAGGCCGCCGUGAAUUCAGCAGUGGAGAGUACCAAUGACUUGCGCGGUGUUGGUCGUGUCGAGUCUUCGUUGGGGCUGUCGCGCGCACAGCGGGGAGCUCAUGAGCAUAUCUCGCGCAUCUUCCGAGCUGUUCUUCCUCCACCCUGCGCGGCCGUGGAAGCCUUCAAAGAGCUUUGCGGCACUCGAGCGGGAUAUGAUGACGCUGAUCCCCGCGUUGCUUUCCAGUAUGACUUGAUCUCAAUGCCUUCUCGAGGCGGGGUCGCCGAUGGUGAUGAGGUGCUGACAGGGGGCCCCCUCUACCACUGGAACAAUUGCGUCAAGGCGCUCAUGCGGAGCGACCAGGACUUGUCUGACACAUCUGGACUUCCUGUGAAACCCUAUCCCGACCCCACCCUGAUCAGAGAUAAUAUGAUGUAUGCUAAGCUGAUCGCGGACAUGUGCUCUCUUGGGCUAUGUUCACUGCGGGCGCAUCAGGCCGCCACUGUCGGUAUAUUUUUCGCGAGAAAAAAGAAUGGCAUGCAGGGGGUGAUUCUUCUGGAUACGAGACUGGUGAAUGCGAGAUUCCAGGAGGCCGAGCACGCAGUCUUACCCGCGCCUGGUGCGUGGGCAAGCAUCGAGCUUCAGCCUGAGGACGAGCUGGUCUUUUCACAUAUGGAUGUCGAGUGUGCCUUUUAUCGUAUACGUGCGCCUCCUGGAGUAUCUGAUCAUUUUGUGCUGCCUCGUGUGUCAGGACGGCUGAUCCGUCAGCUGGCCCCCGCGUGCGACGUCGCGGGGGCCGACUGGCUCAGCCCGCAUCUCGAGGCCAUGGCCAUGGGAUGGUCGUGGGCGCUGCACUUCUGCCAGCAGAUGGUGGUUGCCUCAGUUCAGAAGGUGGGCAUCCCCGCCGGCCAGUUCUUCAGGGGCAAGCGGCCCUCCCCCGAUCUGACCGACGCAAUGGUGGCGGCCGCCGUGUAUGUGGACAACGCCAUCGUCACCGGCACCGACGAGAAGCGGGCCACUGUCACGGCCGACGCCGUCUUCAAGCAGCUGGAGGCCGACGGGCUCGAUUGCAAGACCAUCGAGCACGGGCCCGAGGUUGCGCGCUUCACGGGCUUGGACCUGCGCCGCGCCUCCGGUCGAAUCUCCGUCGGCCACGCGCGGUGCUGGAAGGUCAGGCUCGCUUUGUCCCACGUCUUGGCGGUGGGGCGCGCCAGCGGUCCAGAGAUGCACACCCUGCUGGGGCGCUACACCUGGUCGGCCAUCCUUCGACGGCGUCUGCUGUCUCUGCCGCGCGCGUGCUACCGCUUCGUGGACAAGGCGGGCCCCGAGCGGGUGCCGCUCUGGUGCUCAGUGCGGCGUGAGCUCAAGUGGAUGGUGCCGCUGCUCCCGUUGGCCUACGCCGACGCCAAGCGGCCCUGGCGCGAGUGCGUUGCUGCGACGGACUCGGAGGGGGCCAACCUGAUCGACAACGGCGGCUUCGGGGUCGUGGGGGAGCUCCUGGGCUCGGAGCAGGCGCGCGCCUGGGGGCUGCAGCAGGAGCGCUGGCGCUUCGCCGUGGCGGAUGCAGUGCAGGCGCGCGCGGCGGCGUUGGCCGCUGCGGCCGCCCCGGCCACCGCAGGGUCGCCCGGCCCACAGGCGGGGGGUGCCUCCCAGGCACCGCUCGAGGGUAGUGUCGAGCUGCCCGUCUCGUUCAGUCAUCUGGCCGCAGAUUCCGGGUUCAUCAGUCGCUGGGCUCCCGGCGAGUUCAAUCCCGCCGACGGGCCGUCCAGGCUCAAGGGGCCAGUAGUGCGGAGCGGCAGCGGGGAUCCACGCGAUGCUCGCUGGCACGACUGCUCCACCGACACGCAGCACACCGCCCUGCUCGCUGCUGUUGAGGCCCGCGCCCGCGACGAGUUUCGACGCGGUGGCGCUGGAGGGCCAGCCGCAGGCAGCUGGCGGGCCGCUCCUCCGCCGAUCGAGCUCACAGGCGCCGACGACGCCAUCGACGACUGGUAUUCUGCAGCGGGCACCCGCAGGUCUUCCAGCUCCUCAGCUCCUCAGUCGGCGAGAGGGCCAGCGCUGCGGUCGAGGGCCGGCGUCUUGCCAGUCAAGCGGCCUCUGGGGGCGGCAGACCUGACGCCCCCCUCGGCCCAGCAGCGGCGCGCCCGCGCUCGACGGCGCGUCGAGGUGCAUCGAGCGCAGGCCAGCCUGUGCAGGGAUCUGGGGGCCUACUUCCUGGAGGUGGGCCACCAGGCAGGGAUGCCGCUGUCGACGCCACUCGAGAUCGACCUUGCGCUCGUGGAGCACCUCGAGGAUCUGUACUUCAACGGGUUCAACCACGACGCGGGCGAGAAGGUGGUGGCGAGCCUGGAGUUUCGCACUCCCGAGCUGAAGGUACCCGGCAGCACGCUGUUGCCCAGGGCAAAGAACGCUCUGCGGGGCUUUCGCCGCCUGGCGCCAGGCCUGAGCCGCGCGCCAUUUCCUUGGCUGGCGCUCUGUGCGAUGGCUGGCGCGGCGAUGUCCCUCGGCCGGCAGGAGAUGCUCUCGGUGGCUUCGAAGACCCACGAGUUCGACGAGAGCCUGCUGCUCGACGACGUGGAGUUCGACUCGUCGGUGCGCCGAUACGAGAAGCAUGCCAGAGUACUCAAGCAGGCGGGCAACAUGACGCCCGCCUCCCGCGAGCACGGCCUGCUCGUGGCCGACCACCUCGCGGACAUCCUAGCAGGGCGCCGCGCCGCGCCCCAGCCGCCCAACAUGAGGGUUCCGCAGCUGGAUCAGGCCGGCGGCAGGCGGCGCGGCAAGCCCUGA